CCAUUAAUUAAUUAAUUUAAUUAACAACAGAAGCGAACAACAAUCACCAUCCCGACCUCACUCACCGCCGGCAAAAAUCUCCGUCGUUCCCUCGCUGCCAGCAACCAUCUCCGUCACUCCCCUCACCGCUGUCAAAUACCUGCAAAUAAAUUUCAGAAACACCCGUUCUAGAUAUUGAGAAUUGUCCAAGUAUAACCAAAUGAUCGAAAUAAUUACCCAAAUCUUCAAUUGAUCGAUGGAUCACAGAGAACAAUAAUUAAUAAAUAAUUAUUAAAUAAUAAUAAUGGCUCAGAUUCCUAAUUUACAAAAUGGACCUAUCAAUUUCACUCCUAUUAGAGAUCAGUCUCAGAAGGAGCUCAUUACAAUCCUCAAAAAUAUUCGUGGCAAAAAGUGUUUGGUAAUCGAUCCGAAGCUAGGCGGUUCUCUUUCGUUGAUUGUUCAGACUUCACUUCUUAAGGAACAUGGGGCUGAACUACACCAUCUUAAUGCAGAUCCAAUCGAGACUACGUGCACUAAAGUUGUCUACCUUGUACAAACUCAGCUUCAUUUAAUGAGAUUUAUUUCUACACAUAUUCACAAUGACACCUCAAAGGGGCUCCAGAGAGAGUAUUUUCUAUAUUUUGUACCUCGUCGUGCUGUUGCGUGUGAAAAACUUCUCGAGGAGGAAAAAGUUCAUAAUCUACUAACAAUUGGGGAGUUUCCGCUGUAUGCCUUACCACUGGAUGAGGAUAUAUUAUCGUUUGAACUUGAUUUAUCUUAUAAAGAAUGCCUUACUGAUGGUGAUACAACCUCUCUUUGGCAUAUUGCCAAAGCCAUCCACAAACUUGAGUUUUUGUAUGGUUUGAUACCAAAUGUUAGGGCAAAAGGAAAAGCAUCUGUACGUGUUGCUAACAUGCUAAACCGUAUGCAAGAUGAAGAACCAGUCAACUCUACUGAUACGGAUGUCCCUGAGAUAAAUACUCUGAUCAUCCUGGACAGAGAGUGUGAUAUGGUUACUCCAAUGUUAUCUCAGUUGACAUAUGAAGGGCUUCUGGAUGAGUUUUUACACAUCAAUAAUGGUGCUGUGGAGAUAGAUGCAUCAAUCAUGGGUGCUAGCGGACAAGAUGGAAAAAAGAUGAAGGUUCCUCUUAAUUCGACUGACAAGCUGUUUAAGGAGACUAGGGAUCUUAACUUUGAAGUUGUUGUCCAGGUUCUACGUCAAAAAGCUACAUCCAUGAAACAGGAUUACACAGAGAUGUCAACUACUAACCAGACGGUCUCUGAAUUGAAGGACUUUGUCAAAAAGCUCAACUCUUUGCCAGAAAUGACUAGGCACAUAAAUCUUGCUCAGCACUUAUCCACGCUUACUUCAAAGCCUUCAUUUCUUGGGCGACUUGACAUGGAACACACUAUUGUGGAGGCUGAGAGCUAUGAUAUAUGCUUUGAGUACAUUGAAGAGAUGAUCCAUAAGCAGGAGCCUCUUGUUGGUGUCCUACGGCUACUCAUCUCACUUUCAGUUACCAAUGCUGGGUUACCAAAACGGAACUUCGAUUAUCUAAGGAGAGAGAUUCUUCACAGCUAUGGAUUUGAACACAUAGCUACUCUUAAUAAUUUGGAAAAAGCUGGGUUGGUUAGGAAGCAGGAGGGUAAAAACAACUGGCCGACUAUCAAACGUAAUCUUCAACUGGUAGCUGAGGAUAACGAUACAGCCAACAGUCCCAAAGAUGUUUCAUAUGUUUUCUCUGGAUAUGCUCCUUUGAGUAUUCGCCUUAUUCAGCAUGCGAUUCGAUUAGGAUGGCGCCCCCUUGAAGAAAUAUUGAAACUGUUGCCUGGUACACAUACAGAGUCAAAAAGGAGUGCAUUUGCAAACAGUCCAUCAUAUGAUAUACUACCAGGGGGUACACAGAUGGAAAGAACCGAAGACGGGAGACGCUCUAUUGUUCUAGUUGUCUUUGUCGGAGGAGUAACAUAUGCUGAGAUAUCUGCACUCCGUUAUCUCAGUUCUCAGGAAGGGAUGGCUUAUGACAUUAUCAUAGGGACAACAAAGAUUGUUAAUGGUAAUACCUUGACUGAAACCUUCAUGGGGAACUUGGGUUGACGUGGCUUUUGUUUUGUUUUUCUUCCUAUUUUCUGGGUUCAACUUGUCAUUAAUCAUUGGUGGUUGUAACUUAUUAAUCUCUUGUCCCAGUGGCUUAUUUGGUUUCUGCAUUCUUUAUAUUUAUAUGCUUUCAAAGGGGCCGUUUUUUCACGUUGAAUACUAUGAGUUUGUUAUUUGCUAUGCCUCUCUGUUGAUGAGUUUACAGUUACCAUCAA